ACGCGGCGCAGCGAGCGAGCCGGCGGGGGAGAGAGGACCAGGCCAUGGAGAGCCAAAUCCAGCGGGUUCGCGACGCGUUCGCGUCCGGCCGGUCGCGCCCCGUGAAGUUUCGGCUGCAGCAGCUCGAGGCCCUGCGCAGGAUGGUGCAGGAGCGCGAGAAGGACAUCCUGGAGGCCCUCGCCGCCGACCUGUGCAAGAGUGAACUCAACGCAUACAGUCAGGAAGUCAUUACCAUUCUUGGCGAACUUGAUCUCGUGCUGGAGAAUCUUUCUGAAUGGGUUACUGCUAAACCGGCUCAGAAGAACCUGCUCACCAUGCUGGAUGAGGCCUAUGUUCAGCCGGAGCCCCUGGGAGUCGUACUGAUUAUUGGAGCCUGGAACUACCCCUUUGUUCUCACCAUUCAACCUCUGAUCGGAGCCAUUGCCGCAGGAAAUGCUGUCAUUAUCAAGCCUUCUGAACUAAGUGAAAAAACGGCUAAGAUCUUGGCCGAACUCCUCCCACAGUAUUUGGACCAGGACUUGUAUGCUGUUAUUAACGGUGGCAUCAAAGAGACCACGGAGCUCCUGAAGCAGCGGUUUGACCACAUUCUCUAUACGGGGAGCACGGCGGUCGGGAAGAUUGUCAUGGAAGCCGCCGCCAAGCAUCUGACCCCCGUGACGCUGGAGCUGGGAGGGAAGAGCCCGUGUUAUGUCGACACGGAUUGUGACCUGGACAUUGCCUGCAGGCGUAUAACUUGGGGGAAGUACAUGAAUUGUGGCCAAACCUGCAUUGCUCCUGACUACAUUCUCUGUGAACCGUCCCUCCAGAAUCAAAUUGUGCAGAAGAUUAAGGAAACCGUGAAGGAAUUUUAUGGCGAAAAUAUAAAAGAAUCUCCUGAUUAUGAGCGGAUCAUCAACCUUCGUCAUUUUAAGAGGAUACUAAGUUUGCUUGAAGGACAAAAGAUCGCUUUCGGUGGGGAGACCGACGAGGCGACACGCUACAUAGCCCCGACAAUCCUUACUGACGUCGAUCCUGAAGCCAAGGUGAUGCAAGAAGAAAUUUUCGGGCCAGUUCUUCCCAUCGUGCCCGUGAAGAAUGCCGACGAAGCCAUAAAAUUCAUAAACAGCCGUGAAAAGCCGCUGGCUUUCUACAUCUUUUCUCACAACGAUAAGCUUGUCCGACGGAUGAUCGACGGCACGUCCAGCGGCGGCGUCACCGCCAACGACGUUAUCAUGCACUUCACCCUCAGCUCGUUGCCCUUCGGAGGAGUGGGUUCUAGCGGCAUGGGAGCUUAUCACGGCAAAUACAGUUUCGAUACCUUCUCUCAUCAACGUCCCUGUCUACUAAAAAGUUUAAAGAGGGAAGGUGCUAACAAGCUCAGGUAUCCUCCCAACAGCCAGUCAAAGGUGGAUUGGGCAAAAUUUUUCCUCCUGAAGCGCUUCAACAAAGGAAAACUCGCUCUGCUAUUCCUGGCUUUCCUGGGCGUGGUGGCGGCCGUGCUGGUCAAGGCUGGAUACUACUGAAGAAAGAUCCUGUUCAAUCUCCUGGUUGCAGCUACUGAAUUAUUGCUCUAUUAAAUAGCUAAUGAACCAGUCGUUUUAAAAUCCUACCCAAAAUAGUAGGGAAAUAUGCAAAUGCACCAUAAUCAACUCUCAAAGUCAUUGCCACUCCCCAGGGAUAAAACUUGCCAUCUCAGCCAAACCCCAGCCUUCCCCCCCACAGUGGGGGGGACUCGGAGAACCCAUUUUACAUUGUGUCACCCAGACCUUAGAGCCUGAGUCUAAGGGAGGAGCAUAUGAUAGGCUAAACCUGGACUCCUUGGGAGAUGUCAGGGAGUCUCCGAACCUGUUGAGUGACUUCUUCACUCCAGUUCAUGGG